GUUGUUGUUCUCCGUGUUGUGUGUGUUAUUGUUCGAAAUGUGUUUUCGAGCUUCUUGAACAUCAGCCACUGUUCGAGCAUGUUAGUGUAGUAUUUGUGUGUUCACAGUACUCAGCUUAAAGUAUCUGACGACGCGCGUAAAAAAUCUUGUUUUCUGUUUUCUACUACCACACUACGUUUACAAAAAUUUUUCUAUUUCAAUGCUGUGUUGAAUGGAAAAAAUUCUCGAUAGAAAAUUUAUUGAAGAAAAAAAAAAAAACAAAAUUUAUACGAAUUUAUUAAAUACGUUUUAGUAUUUGCAACGAAAUUGAAAUAGUUUUUUUUUUUUGAGAUUUUAAAGAAAAAGCAUACGAAACAAUUUCGUAAAAUUAUCAUAACAACAGAAAGAGUGUACAUUAGUAACGAAAACUAAAGACCAGUCGUAAGACGGACGACUCCCGCAUAACCGGGCAUCAUAACCAAUUUGCAUUUAAGCGGCAAUUUGUGAUAACAUUCCAUAAAACGCAACGGAACCCAACGAAUCGAAUAUCUCACCCACCCACCAACUAAGAACGGAGGAAAUUUUCAGUAGCAGAAACUCAUAACAAAUGAUUUUCUGAUAUGAAUUCUCGCCAAUUAACCAGAUUUCUCAACAUUUCCAGAAAAAACAAGUGAUUCUUGAAUUUCUAUCUCACCUCUCAGCACCAUCUACCCACCGGAAUAUUUUCAUCAUUUCUAUUCUCUUCGCUGAAGCUGUCAAACUGCCGCUGCCAUGUAUAAGUUAUUGGUCGGCCUAAAGAGUUAUCUCAAAUGGCAGGAUAUACAAACGGAUAAUACAAUAUUUCGUUUGCAUAAUUCCUUUACCACAGUCCUGCUGUUGACAUGCAGUCUAAUUAUUACGGCCACCCAAUAUGUCGGUCAGCCGAUCAGUUGUAUUGUCAAUGGCAUACCGACACAUGUUGUCAACACAUUCUGUUGGAUUCAUAGUACAUUUACAAUGCCGGAUGCAUUUCGAAGACAGGUUGGUCGCGAAGUGGCACAUCCCGGUAUUGCCAAUGAUUUCGAUGAGGAGGAUGCCAAGAAAUAUUACACCUACUAUCAGUGGGUCUGUUUUGUGCUCUUCUUCCAGGCCAUUGCAUGCUAUACCCCCAAAUUUUUAUGGGAUAAAUUUGAGGGCGGUCUCAUGCGUAUGAUUGUUAUGGGCCUAAACAUUACCAUAUGUCCGCGGGCCGAAAAAGAAGCCAAACGUGACGCUCUGCUGGAUUAUCUAACGAAACACGUGAAACGUCAUAAGAUGUACGCCAUACGUUAUUGGCUGUGUGAAGCCAUGUGCCUGAUCAAUAUCAUUGUCCAAAUGUAUCUGAUGAAUCGUUUCUUUGAUGGUGAAUUUAUGUCAUACGGUACAAGGAUAAUGCAAUUAUCCGAUGUGCCACAGGAGCAGCGAGUCGAUCCCAUGGUUUAUAUAUUCCCUCGAGUUACCAAAUGCAUAUUCCAUAAAUAUGGUGCUUCUGGAUCACUGCAGAAACAUGAUUCGCUGUGCAUAUUGCCGCUGAAUAUUGUCAACGAGAAGACCUAUGUCUUCAUAUGGUUCUGGUAUAUGAUUCUGUUGGCUUUGCUGAUUGGUCUUAUUGUUUUCCGUGCCUUCAUGUUAUUGAUGCCCAAAUUCCGUCCACGUCUAUUGCAUGCCCGCAAUCGUAUGAUCAGUUUGGAAACUUGCCGUAUUUUAUCACAGAAAUUGGAUAUUGGCGAUUGGUGGCUCAUCUAUAUGUUGGGUCGCAAUUUGGAUCCCGCCAUUUACAAGGAAGUCAUGACUGAAUUCUCUAAAGAAAUUGAUCCAUCGAGAUACAAUAGGAACAAGUGAUUUUAUCUAAAUGAAGCAACUGAAGAAAAUAAACAGCAACAACAACAGCCUGCCCUUGAUGUUAUUUUUCCAUCAGACCAGACAACGAUGAUAUUAAUUAAAUGAGAAUUUUUUU